GGAAUCCAUGUGAAUGUGAAGCGGGCUACAUGCCUGCACGUCCGGGUGCUGUUAUCAUUCUGACCCGGGACCCUGGUGUCUGCAUGUCCUGUCUGGGCGAGUCUGAGUGUAGUCACUGGGAGAGGGAGAGGGGGUCGCCACAUUCCCCUGCAAAAGCCCAGAUCAUUGCCAGGAGCCCAGGGAAAUUGAGACUGAAUUGGUUCAGAGGGUGAAAGCGAGAGGCAGGUCUGUCUGUGUAUGUUUUGAGGGGAGAGAGGUCCCAGACGCAUACCUUAAACCCACUCCACUAAACCCACGGAAUAUUGAAGCCCGAGGCAUUUCAGCUUGCAUUUAAAGGUGAUGGUUAAACGUUGUUGACAGAUACUGGUGCAGAAUGCGGACUAUUUGGAUCACCAUCUUGUGGGUGUUCACCAGUGUUCAGACAGUGCCCGGAGGUGCAGCGAGAAAACACAGAGAUAUUCAGUGCCCUCGUGUACAUGGUGAUGGAUGGAAGUUACAGAACCAGCAGCACUAUGUUAACAUUUCAGGUUUUAAUUUGCUCAGGAGAUUUUCCCUUUUUAAGACACCAGCAGUGAAAAAAGUCCGAAGUCCAACAGGAGCUUUAAUUGUGAAGUUGGGAAGUUUAUCACUCAUCAGACCCACUGAACUGGUGUUCCCUCAGGGCCUGCCGCAGGAUUUCACCUUCCUUGCAACGAUGCUGCUGAAAAAGAAGAAAGUGAAGGAGAAUUGGUACAUGAUCAAAAUCACUGAUCAGCAGGGCCUGACUCAGUUUUCUAUUCGAAUCGACGGAAGGGACAAAGCGGUGGAGUACAAGGCAAAAGGACACUUCCAGGACUAUGUGCGCUGGGUGUUCAGCAGUGAAGGAGUGGCUGCUCUGUUUGAUCUUCGGUGGCACAAACUGGUGAUCAGUGUGCAGGCAAACGUGGCCUCCCUUUAUAUUGACUGUCGUCUGAUCGAGAUCAAAUCGGUGGAACAGAGAGCUGACAUCGACACCGAGGGUCAGACUGUCAUGAGCAGGAUCGCUGAGGACAACAAGCCAGCUGAAGUUGACCUCCAACAGAUGAUCCUGUUCUGUGACCCUCUCAUGGCAGAGAAGCUGACCUGUUGUGAGAUCCCAGGAGUCAAAUGUGCAACAGAAUCAAUUGUUCAGAAGAGCCGGAGGAAUGCUGAAGUGAAGACAAUGAAGAGUUUGAGUGUACCACUACCUCAGAUGAGUGGGAAGGUCCACACUAAGUGCUUCUGUGUUGAUGAGGACACAAAGUCAAAGGUUGGUAAAACUGGACAGGAAGGCGAGAACGAUGAAGAGUGUAAGCCCUGCCUCCAAAGAGAACCUGGGCAGAAUGAGGCCAGUGGAAUUGCCAAGCAGAAGCACGAAGGCUGCAUUGUGUGUCCACAAGGGCAGAAAGGAGAGAAGGAGGAGCUGGGAAGCCUAGAAGGAACCAUGGGACCAAGGCCCAUGAAGUCAGAGAAAGGUCAGAAGGGUGAACCAGGAAUUAAGGGAUCGGUUGGCCUGCCUGGAAGAGAUGGAAAGCCGGGAGAGUUGUGCGUGCCUGGACCAAAGGGUGCAAAGGGAGAUCCCGGACCAGUUGGACCGGAGGGAUUGGCUGGUGAGCCAGGAUCCCCAGGACCUCCAGGACCCCCGGGGAUAGGAAUACCAGGAAAGCCGGGAAAACCUGGUGGCCCACCCGGACCGAAAGGAGAAGCAGGAAGUGAUGGGGUUCCAGGUCCGGAAGGCAUCCCAGGAAAACCUGGUAAACCUGGAUUACCAGGGCCAAAGGGAGAAAAGGGCGAUCAAUGUGGCGUUUGUCCGACACAUCUAGAGGCACAUGGAGACACCAAAUUUACAGGAGGCCACAGUCAAGGAGCAGAAACUGGAGUGCCUGGAAAACUGGGUGUGCCUGGACCUCCGGGAACACCGGGUGAGAAGGGAGAUACAGGAGAUCCUGGUCUGAAGGGAGAGAAGGGCGAUUCAUGCAAGAUCUGUCCACAGCUCACUGAUGAGCUCAGAAACAUUGUGGGAAUUCCCGGACCACCUGGCGCUAAAGGUGACACAGGACCCCCAGGUGUUCAAGAACCCGGACCACCUGGCCAGCCCGGCGCACCAGGUCCACAUGGAUUCAAGGGAGAAAAGGGUAACAUCGGGAAACCAGGAGCCACUGGGAAAACUGGAAAACAAGGUAAUCAGGGGAUCCCAGGGAAUGAAGGAGAAAAGGGCAACAAGGGUGAUCAGGGAGAUCGAGGGAUCACAGGAGCUCCAGGACCCAAAGGAGAGAAGGGCGAUGGAUGUGGGCUCUGCCCAUCUGCUCAAGCGGCUCACCUUAAAAUAAGCGCUCCAGAUGAUGGAAACGGGAGUCAGUCCGAAAAACAACCUGCACACCUUAUCCAGCCUGGAAUCAAGGGUGAUCGAGGACCAAAGGGUGACAGAGGAGAGCCGGGGGAGAAAGGAAUUCCGGGUAUUCCUGGGAUCCCAGGGGCACUGGGCCGUCAUGGGCUGAAAGGGCAAAAGGGGGAUCAGUGUGACGUUUGCCCUACCAUUCCAGACGACUUCAAAGAUGUAAUCGGACUUCCGGGGAAACCAGGCCCUCCAGGAGACCCUGGACCACCGGGGACAGGAGAACCUGGAAUACAUGGAGAACCAGGACUGCAGGGAUUAACGGGAUCUCCUGGAAUGAAGGGUGAAAAGGGACAGGCAGGCACCCCAGGGAGAGGACUGCCCGGAGUGCCGGGAAAGGAUGGCGUGAUAGGAAAGCCAGGAAAUCCGGGUGCAGCAGGGAUUCCAGGAUUACCAGGAGCCGUUGGCCCAAAGGGUAACAAGGGACAAGCUGGAGAACAUGGGAUCCCAGGUCACCCAGGAGCCCCUGGUGUGGGGCUACCUGGGACACGGGGAAAACAGGGAGAAACCGGAGAUACUGGGUUACCAGGGAGACGAGGCCUGCCAGGUGUGCCAGGAACUAAAGGUGAAAAGGGAGCAGCUGCUGAACAGUGCAUCUGUAUGAAUGGACAGCCAAUCCCAGAAGGAGAUGGGCGAUAUCCUGGAGAUUCUGGAGAACAUGGGCACCCAGGGGCUCCAGGUGAUCGGAUGUUGUGGUCUCUAGGACCUCUGGGCCCACCAGGACCGCCCGGCCCACCAGGUCUACCGGGACCACCCGGCCUGCCGGGGUUACCAGGAGGCAAUGGACGACAGGGAAUUCCAGGAAAUGAUGGGAUGCCUGGUGCCCCUGGCCUUCCAGGAAUGUCUCCUCUGUCGCUGUUUGCUGAGAGGAACGAUUCAUUCUUCAAGACGUUUUGUGGGAACUGCUCUUCCGGAUUCCCUGGAGCCCAGGCAUUCACGGGGAUGAAGGUGGAGCAGAUCGAACAUGGCACUCCCGGUGCAGCCGGUGUGGAUCACUGUGAAAAGUGCAAGCAGCAGCGGCAACAGCAAAACCAAGAGGAACUUCCUAGAAUGGAAGAGCAACUGCCAAACAAUAGAGAAUGUGGAUAUCCAGGACUACCUGGGAUGCCUGGUCCUCCAGGUGAAAGAGGAGUAAAAGGAGAACAGGGGUCUAUAGGUCAAAGAGGAUAUGCUGGGCCCCCAGGGCCUCCUGGCCCCCCUGGAUUUCCUGGUAGUCCUGGAACCACAGGUUUGCCUGGUCUUCAAGGAGAGCGGGGCCUGCCUGGGGUAGCUGGACAGAAAGGAGAGCAGGGUCCUAUAGGCCCCUCCGGAUACCCCGGAUCAUCUGGAAUGCCUGGUCUCCCGGGCCUUAAAGGAGACCGGGGCUAUGCAGGUCCUCCUGGAGAGAAAGGCGAGUUGGGCCCUCCUGGCAUCCCUGGUCCCCGUGGCCCAGCAGGCCCAGUGGGCCCCAAAGGUGGCUCAGGAUUACCUGGUUCACGAGGAGACAAGGGAGAUCAAGGAUUCCAAGGUCAACCAGGAUUUCCAGGACAGCCAGGACCCAUUGGUUUCCCAGGGAAGUCUGGGCCACCAGGACCCCCAGGACCUCCUGGUGAAAAGGGCAAUGAUGGGAGUGUAGGUCCAGUUGGACCAACUGGGCCUCCAGGCAGAAGUGGACCUCCAGGACUACAGGGUCCUCCAGGAGUAGAAGGUCUGGAUGGGAAGGAAGGGAAGCCAGGACCAAGGGGUGAGACUGGUCCACCAGGACCUCCAGGGCUCAGGGGGCUACAUGGAUUUAAAGGAAAACCUGGCCUUCCAGGUCAGCCUGGACAGAGAGGUGAACCAGGAGUAACAGGACCACCUGGAAAUGUAGGCCGGCCAGGCUUUGAGGGCGAGCCUGGCCCACCAGGACCCGUGGGACCUCCAGGAGUUCCUGGACAUGUGGGUGCAGCUGGUAUUCCAGGAGCUUCGGGCCCCACAGGACCCCCAGGAGUGGGAACAAAGGGCGAUCGAGGACCAUCUGGAGAAAGAGGUCUCCCUGGAUUGGUGGGACCCCCUGGAGUGCCUGGAGCUCCUGGGCUGAUGGGAGAGCCUGGUCAGGAUGGUGCAGCAGGAAAAGAGGGCUCGCCUGGUAUACCAGGAGUAGCUGGCCCGCCUGGACCAAAGGGUGAGCCAGGGAACCCUGGUGAAAAGGGCGCCCAGGGAGAUAGAGGCCCUCCUGGGAUCUAUGGAGGGUAUUCAGGCAAAAGCAGUGGUAUGGCCAUGCCAGGACCUCCAGGUUCUCCUGGAGAAAGAGGAUCCCCCGGACCCCCCGGACCCACAGGCCCUCCAGGAAUACCAGGAGCACCAGGAACGCCAGGAACAAUGACUGAAACUGUUAACUUUGAUGAGAUCAAGAGGUUAAUCAGACAAGAAGUGACAAAAAUCUUUGAUGAAAGAAUGGCGUACUACCUAGCCCGAAUACGUACUCCAGAUUCAACCAGCCCAGGAAGGCCAGGGCCCCCUGGUAAAAUUGGACCCACUGGUCACCCAGGGCAGCCAGGCCAAUCUGGAUUACCUGGACAACCUGGAAGAGAUGGACGACCUGGGUUACCUGGGCCUAAAGGUCCGAGCGGCCCAAAGGGAGAGCGAGGUGAAAAUGGAAUUGGCCGUCCGGGUGAGCCAGGUGCACCAGGCCCUCCAGGUCCAGCAGGACCUCCAGGAUACAGCAAAACCGGCCCACCAGGUCCAACUGGCCAGCAGGGGGUGCCAGGCAUGCCAGGCCCACCAGGACUUCAAGGAGCAUCGGGAAAAAAUGGGCGCUGCACACCCUCUGACUGUAUCAUGAGGGUACCUGAGCCUUACAACGCCAAGAAUUCAAAAGGACCAUCUCAUUGGAUGAAUUAAUAAAGACUUUUCAUCAUUUGCGUUUUUGGGAGGGGUGUGGUUAAAAUGUCAGAUUUCUCUUUCCUCAUUUUAUUUUUCAAUGACUCAAGAGAACAGCUGUUGGAGGGAAGGCCAAGUAAGAAUUUCAGUAUCCGGUGUAUUGGUCAGAUGGUAUUUGUACAACUUUCUUCAGCCUGUUUUCCUCCCUGCAACCUUUUCAAAACCACCAGGUCCGCAUGCUUGGAAGCCAGUGUGUGUCCCUGGGUGUUAUGAGACACAGGUCACUUCCUGGGGACAUUUCAAAAUAGUUUCAUUACAUGACCUCCCACAGCCCCUCCCACCCACAUCAUUGUCCAUUUAAUUCAUUAAUCCUCACAAUGCCCAUAUCCUCUUGGCCGAUCAGGAAGUGAAUAGACUACCCCAAUAUAAUUGGAUAUUUUUCCUCAGUUCAAAAACCUUGCUCCUCUGACUCCAAUAUUUUUACCACCUUUUGUCAACAGAACCACAGAAAGGAAGUCGAACAAUAAGCCUGUUGCAUUUUCUCGUGAUGUGCUUUGUGAGUUUGGCGGUUAACAAUGCCAGGGCAAUCUUGGAGAGUUGAUCACCUGAGCUGGGACAGUGGCUUGUGUUAGAUCUGGCCAUUUGUGGAAGAAAGUCUGCACUGAGUAUCCUGUUUAGCAGCACCCACUGCCUGUGUCUGUGGUGUUGACAGGUUUGAUCAACAAUAAACAAAAUGUAUCGAGAGUUUAUUGACCAGAUCAGUCCAACAGCCCUUUCUUCCAGUUCCAGAUCCUCUCCUUUCAAUAACUAACUGCCAUGAUUCUAUUCCCCAUGGUGCCUUGAUUAUGUGCACGUAAUGACACACUAAACUACAAGGGGGCAAUUGAAUUUAAAUAUCCCAGCUCCCUGCACACAGCACAAACUUACUGACACAUCCACAUUCAGAGAGCUGACGAAAAAUACUACAGCUCUCACAAAAGGUAAAUUGAGAGAUGUUGUCUCGAUCCAUCAGAUUGGUGCAGUGGCCUGUGUUUUUGAGUGAGUGUGAGGGUCAACGGGUGAUUGGAGGCUUAAGCAAGCUCCGCACAGAAAUGGACCUCAGCAACACGCUGGCACAGGAAAUGUACAAAUGAACCUUGGCAGCAUGACAAAGGGGGAGCAGCGGUUUCAAAGCUGCUCAGAACUAUCCAGAGGCAAUUCAGUUCUGACACAGAUGAACAUAAUGUCGUUGUGGGUAAAUAAAAACAUUUUAACUUUUGUAUCUAACACUGGGCCCUACCUGUCCUGGGAGUGUUUGAUGUGAAUUAAUUUUAACUUGGCUAUCCCAAUGAUAAGUUGUCACAAUCAGAUUCCUGGGCCUGUUUUACUCUGGAUGAACUUUCUGCUCUCAAACAAAUUGGAUUAUGAGAGUUAGGUGAAGGUGAGGUUCAAAUAGCCAGCAUGUGCCUGGGAACUGUUCCAUUCUCUCACACUGACUUAGCAACAUCUGUGUGAGCAUGGAACGCCAUUAAAAAAUAGCAAAAAGGAGACUAUUCAUUGGAAUGAAAUUGUUUGUCAGUUCACCCUGCUCUCAGAGCUGGUCCAUCUCAUUCCCUUUCUCUUAAUUAAACAGACAUUAAUUCUCCUUCCUCAUUUAAGUAGAGGAUUGUAAGCAAUGUGCCGGGGAUCAGAAACUGGGGCUGCUGACUUUCCCAUUGCUCUGUGCUGUCCCAGUCUCUGUCCCAGCUGUUGGUACAGGCGACGUCUGAUUGUAGGUUUCUCAUUUUGAUGUCUGUCUGCCAGCUCCUGCUGGUACAGGGGAAUGCUGGUCCUUGACAGUCAGGCAACCCUACAUAUAGCUAAUGGAAGCAGGUCUUCCUGUCUCUCUCUCUCACACACACACACACACACACACACACACACACACACUGCAGCUCAGUAGUCACCAACCUCAGCUACUACCUCCUUGCCAUUAGUGUGUAUCCUGCCAAUCUCAGCUGUGCACCAUCUGGCACUGGCAAAGUUCUCAGCCUGAAUGAGAAACAUUGAUGAAAUGGAUCCUCACAAAUACAUGUUAUUGUAACUUCUAAACUUCAACUGUUGGAGAGCAGUGAGUUUCUCGAGAGCCCUGUAUUGAAGAGCAUUAAAGAGAAUUUUGACAAAG